AUGCUGCACUCCCGCUACUACAGCAGUCGGGAAGUGGCUGUCCAUAACACCAUGGAUGAUUUAUGGGUCUCCUACCUGGGAAAAGUCUAUGACCUGACUCCUCUGGCUGAACAGUUUAAAGGUGACAUUCUACUGAAACCCAUUUUAGAAGCAGCUGGUCAAGAUAUCAGCCAUUGGUUCGAUGAGAAGCGUAAAGAUAUACGCAUCAAGAUUGACCAGCUCACCAAUUGCCAGAAGUAUCACACUCCUCGUGGCCGCUUUGCUCACAUUCCACCCCUCAUACCGAUGAGUGAUUGGUGUAAUGCCUUUGGAACACCAUGGUGGAAAGAUCCAAAGUACGAGGUUGGAUAUUUAACUGAAAAAACAAGAGACAUCCGCAUUAUCAACACACUAACAGGCCAAGAACAGGUGAUCGAGGUGUGCAGUGAGGAGACGGUGAAUGACAUUCUUGAGAGGUACCUAGAGUAUAAUGCACAUGCAGCCAGCUACACAUGGAAAUAUGAUGGGGUACCUCUGAAGAUGGACAAGACGCUAGAGGAGAAUGGGAUUGUGGAUGAGGAUGAAAUAUUCUACGAGCUGCAGAUGGAACCAGAUAACUAUCGCCAGUCCAUUCUGCUCUAUUUCAAUGAUGAUCUAACAGUGCUGUAG